AUGGGCUGUUCUGAGGGGUCUUUCGGGGAGGCGCAUGGGGAUGGCCCGAGCAGCGAUGGAGCCCAUGUGGCACCAGCCUCAGAGCAGGCUCCAGCUCUCAUGGCAGCCGCAGUCAAAGGGCCGUUGAGGCCCAAUCAGCAGCAGCAGCUGCUGAAGGAGCUGGAGGGACGCCCCACGACUGCUGCCGGCUUUGGCCUGGAGCCCAACGCGCUGCCGCCCCUGGUGGAGCACAACCCAAGCAUUGCUGUUGAGGUGCUGCUGCGGCUGCUGAAGUCCAAGGCGGCAGCGGCGGAUUAUUUGGCGGUCAUGGUGGGCAUGGACCUGAGCCUGCACAGCCUGGAGGUUGUCAAUCGCUUGGCCACGUCCGCGGAGUUGCCACAGGAGUUUGUGCAGGACUACAUCGCCGGCUGCAUUGCCUCCUGCGAGCGCGCACAGGACAACUUUGUGCAGAACAGGCUGGUCCGGCUGGUGUGCGUUUUCCUGCAGAGCCUGAUCAGAAACAACAUUGUGAACCUUCAGGACCUGUUUCUGGAGGUGCAGGCAUUCUGCAUAUCCUUCUCACGCAUCAGAGAGGCAGCCAGCCUGUUCCGGCUGCUGAAGACCCUGGAAGCAGCUGAUGAUGGGGACGAGGAUGACUUGAUGGAGGCGCAGUCUUGUCAGGACAAAUAA